AUGGAUGCCAGUUUGAGCGCAGCAUUUUAUGCCGAGGAAAGCAAGGCUCCGGUCAGAGGAGUUUCUGUUCCAGAGCCGUGGAGCCUGGAGCAGAUCAUUGUGACAACCAGCAAGACCUUCACGAGCAACAAGUCCAUGGAGACUGAGGUCCUGGUGGACGCUGAGCCCGUGGUGGACAGCUCACAGCAGCGGUACCGGGCUGCCAGUGCCUUCUUCACCUACGUGUCCCUGAGCCAGGAGGGCAAGUCGCUGCCUGUGCCCCAGCUGGUACCUGAGACAGAGGAUGAGAAGAAACGCUUUGAGGAAGGCAAAGGGAGGUACCUGAAGAUGAAGGCCAAGCAGCAGGGCCAGGCAGAGCCUCAGCCCUAG